AUGGCAGUAGUUCCUGCAACUUGUUCUGGCAUCCAGACUCUGGUUAAUGCCGCUAAUUCUUCGUCUAAAUGCCAGCUGAAAGUUCUUGAAGAGGAUGAAUACGUCGCCAAUUUGGAAUAUAUAAUUCAGCGUGAUUUUUUCCCGGACGUUGAGAAGUUGCGAGCUCAGAAUGAAUACCUUGAAGCAGUUGAGAACAAUGAUCUUGCAAAAAUCAAGGACCUUCAACAGCGUUAUGUAUGCAGACCAACUGGCGUUGCACAGCGAGUUCCAAGAUUUGACAACGUUUCUCUCGAUGCUUUCUUACGGCAGAGCACCAGUGAAGACAAUGCUUCUUUUGAAGAAAUAGUAGAAGCAGAGGAAGCAAAGAGAUACGACAAAAAUGCCUGGAUGUACUGCGCAGAACAGGCUCAUAAGGAAAAUAUAUGUAAACAACAGGCUUUACUGGGUGCCGAUGAGCAAUUGGCUCUUCCUGCCCCGAGAGUUGCCAGUGUUGGAAACUGGUUUUAUAGCGCAAAGAAUUCGUUAAUGUUCAUCCCAGAAGGUGCCAAGCUCACCGCGGAAGAAAUGGAAAUAAAAAAGAAGAACGCUGAACGCGUUAUUGUCCACAAAAAUACCAGAUUCAACGAAGAUCCGUUCGCCAAGGACGCAACGCAGCCUCUACUGAACAAAAGCGCUGUGGCGUUGGCAGCUGCCGGUCAAGGCAAAGUCGACGUGCUCGGUAAUGAGAUCAAGUUCGGUAACGCAAUGCAGAAGUUCAGCACCGUCGUGACGCCCUCACCUAUGCCAGGGUUAAAUGAAUCGCCGUUGAUGACCUGGGGCGAAAUUGAAGGAACUCCUUUCAGACUAGAUGCUGGAGAUACGCCGAUUCCCCGCACGCCUGGUCCGUCGUUUAAAAUUCCGGACAUUCCUCUGCGUGAUCAGUUAGCACAAUCAAUUACGGAGGAAGUAUUGAGAAAAAACCGCGUACGCAAGCAGGCAAACAGAAACGCUGCUUCCAGUUUAACACCAAAAUUCUCCUCAGUUAGAUCAAUGGAAAGACUUUCGACUAUGUCGCCUGCCGCCAAGAGGCUAGCAUCUACAAAAUUGGGAGUUCGAGUGGCGACUGAUAAACGCCAUAAUCUGGGAUACACGCCUUCACCGUCAAGGACUCCAAAGCAUACACCUCUGAUCAGUACUGAGAAACUGACGUCAAAAACCCCGGCAGCAAAAAUUUGCGGAUCUACAGCAGAAGAUUCUUCAGAGAAACAGCAACAGUACUCAUUGACUGACAAUCUGUUGAACUUGCGUAAACAGCCGACAGCGUCAGACUUCUUCUAA